CAUUUGAUACUCUGCGUCCUCUUAUUGCUAUUUGAUGAAGGGUCACUAAGGUACAUCCCAUUCCCAGCAGCACCCCUCAUCCCUGCUGCCUACACAUUGGAGCCACAGAGAGACCCUUCAACAAGCCAAGAUGUCCUCACUCCUUCCCCAUCGAAUCUUCUGACCCAAAUUCACCACAAUCCUACACCAGCAUUCAAAGAUCAGCACAACACACCAUCCCAUCAAGAUAUUAUUGAUCUAUCUGGAUUUUCAACCAUUAGCAAUACUGACCACUUUGACUCAAUAUCCACAACUUCUCCAAGUGGUGGUCUCAAAUUCAAUGCCAGCCGGAAUGCCAGUCAACUUAUCAAUGGUCAAACAGCAUCAUCAUCAUCAGCUCACGAUAUUGGCUACACUGAACGGAUAGACAACGAAACUAAAAUGGCGACCGCUAGUGGUUGGAAUAACAGCAGUGAUGUUACACCUUGCUCUUCUUCAGCUAUUUCUUAUUCUGAGCUAAACAACUCUCUUGAUGGAACCAACAUUAGCCAGAGCAACGGUAGUGGUUGGAAUAACAGCAGUGAUGUUACACCUUGCUCUUCUUCUGCUAUUUCUUAUUCUGAGCUAAACAACUCUCUUGAUGGAACCAACAUUAGCCAGAGCAACGGUAGUGGUUGGAAUAACAGCAGUGAUGUUACACCUUGCUCUUCUUCUGCUAUUUCUUAUUCUGAGCUAAACAACUCUCUUGAUGGAACCAACAUUAGCCAGAGCAACGGUAGUGGCCACACUGAAGAUCUCUCUGUGACUUUGGAGGACUGUCCUCAUCCGAAUGGAUCUGUGGUGGUGCUGGAAACAAGUGAUCCGUUAGCUGAUCUAAACGUUGAUCCUAUGUCAACCCCUGACGUCAUUGACUUCUACACUCAUCGGACAGAUUCUGUCUCGGUCACCGAUGACCUUGGCAACACUAGUCUUAGUUUACAUCAUAACAACACUAACGUUACUGUCACAGUAGAUACUAGUGCAGUAGUUACUGAGAUGGCAGCGCAGGCUGAACCGAACACAGGCUUGCUGCUGGGCCUGGAGGAGGAGGAAGAGCGGGAAGAAGAGGAGGAGGUAGAGCGGGAAGAAGAGGAUGAAGAAGCCAGUGGCCAUCUUAAUACUACUCAGGAUGCUUCACUCUCAGAUCCCCUGAUCAACGAUAUUAAUCAUGCUUAUGUGAUAACAGGUGACUAUAAUGUUAGCGCUGAGGCUAAUGACUCUGUGAUCACAGGUCACUAUAAUGUUAGCGCUGAGGCUAAUGGCUCUGUGAUCACAGGUCACUAUAAUGUUAGCGCUGAGGCCAACUACUCAUCCUCAGUUGCUAUUAGUGGCUUCAGCGACAAAUUGUACUUUAUAAGAGAAGAAGCAAAUGCUCACAAUGAAAGUCAGGAAGCCGUUACCCUUUCCUCUUCCGCCAUUGGCUACACUGAAUAUGAAGAUUCCAUCGAAGCGACCAAUGACUACCAGAGUACUGUUACCAGCGGAGACGAAGGAACAACAUCACCUACGGUUACUAGUACCAGCGUGGAGCAGAGUGGCGAGAAUGAGAACCAGGAAGUGCUUCCUAUUGCGGCUCCUAUGAUUGGCUAUCCUUCCUUGGAGUCUGUGGAUCCUAAUGAAAGCACCACAAAGUCAACUGUUGUGCUGAACUACAUUGACUAUAUUGACUCUGAACCUAGUUACUCUAACCACUAUGUGAAUGUAGCCAGCAGUGAAAAAUCUGCCCACUCUUCAUCCUCCUCUUCUCCUCUUGAACCUGACAGUGACCACCUCCAAUCUGCUGAUGAUGCUGAACUAGAGGUACUAGGCUCUGGGUUGGAGGAAGAGGAGGAGAAGAAUAGGAGUGGAGAGAACAACUGUAUCAGCUGUCGCUGUGGUAACACAACCUCCAGUGCCAGUCACCAUUCCACCGCCACCAUUGACAACACUGACUAUGAUUGGGGCUCGGCUGAAGUCAGUACGACAGGUAACCAGGGUAACAGCACAGCAGACAUUGAAGUCCCAACUGAAGUUAGUAGGAUGGUUCAGGGAAGCAGCAGCAGCAUCUCCAUGGUACCUUCUGCUGAAAGCACGGUCAGCUCUGUCCAUGGUAACAACACAGUCAUUGUUCUAUCUGACUACAGUGACAACAUCACCACCACUACUCUGACCCACACCAACCGUACCGGAGAAGGGGUUGUUGUGAGUACCACCCCCACCACCGUUCUUGAGGAACCCGCAGGAGAGAGCCGAUGUGGGACUGCAUGUUCUCCCAGCAAGGCCCUACCCUCCACCACCACCGGUCUGGAAGCCAAAGAGGAAGAGAAGGACCAGAGAGCAUCUGAUGCUGUAAAGAAGCCUGUGUCAUUGUGGAACAGGGGUCGCUCGUUGUGGCCUAAGUUUCCAUGGAUGCGCAGGUAUUAGAACUACGGAUCUCUGGGACCGGGAACAUUUUUUGAGGGGAACCAAAUCUGAGGGGAACAUUUUUUGAGGGGAACCAAAUCUGAGGGGAACAUUUUUGAGGGGGAACAGUUCUGAGGGGAUUAAUGAAAGAUAAGAGAUAUUAAUAUUCGUAUUGUUUUUUUAGAUGUUGACAUGGAUGCAGUAGUUUGGGGGUUUAAUGUUCU